AUAUGGCCAAUAUUUUGUCUCACGUCAUAGCUGGGGAAAACAAACACCGUGCAAUGUUAGCGGGAGAGAAAGAGCAGAGCCACUUCGGCAGCUAUGCAAACGCACUUGGACAAUAUCAGAAGAGGAGCACUUGCUUACGGGGUAUAUAAACCACAUCAGGCUUAUCUCUGCACGCACUUCUGACUUCCAUUUGGAGAUAUUUCAUUAACUCCAAGCUGCCUUAACGCUGGCUACACCACUUAGCCCUUUCCAUCAGUCACCAGCGGAUUGCCAAACUGGUGCAGCAACUUUCCUGCAUAAAUUUCCACAGAACAUGUCGUUGACCAACACAAAGACGGGCUUUUCUGUAAAGGACAUUUUGGACCUCCCUGACACAAACGAUGAAGAAGGAUCUAUCACAGGAGCGGAAGAAGAUACGGAGGGGUCUGAGGCAACAAAAACGACUGGAGUUUUGGUGCAGAGUCCCUUAGAAAACGUUCAAAACCUGCCUUUAAAGAACCCAUUUUACGAUAAUAGUGAUAAUCCGUAUACAAGAUGGCUUGCUACUACGGACAGCAUUCAGUAUUCAUUGCACGGUCUGUCGGCUAAUUCCCAACAAGAUUCGUCUGCCAAGUCGCCGGAACCGUCCGCGGACGAAUCACAAGACAAUGACAAGGAAACUUCAAGCAACGGCAGUGACUCCGGUAAGAAGAGAAAAAGGAGAGUGUUAUUUUCCAAAGCACAGACUUACGAGCUCGAGCGUCGAUUUAGGCAACAGAGAUACCUUUCAGCGCCCGAAAGGGAACACCUCGCUAGCCUGAUCCGCCUGACGCCGACUCAAGUGAAAAUCUGGUUCCAGAACCAUCGGUACAAAAUGAAGAGAGCUCGGGCCGAGAAAGGUAUGGAAGUGACUCAUCUCCCCUCUCCUCGGCGGGUGGCAGUACCUGUCUUAGUCAGGGAUGGCAAGCCGUGCCAUACUCUUAAAGCUCAGGACUUGGCGGCCACUUUUCAGGCUGGAAUUCCAUUCUCCGCAUAUAGCGCCCAGUCACUUCAGCAUAUGCAAUACAAUGCUCAGUAUACGGCCGCCACCACGCCACAAUUCCCCACAGCACACCAUUUGGUGCAAACGCAACAGUGGACUUGGUGAAUCAUUAUAAACUUGGUGGGAGUUGCGUUUGAAAGAACGCGCGGAUAGGGAGUAAAAACAAUAUAAAAGAGACUUUUUUGCAGCUUGACCCAUAUCAACCAUUGUAAUUUUGGGACUGAUAUGUGCGCCAUGUUUACAAGUUUUCGCCAUGAAAACCGGGUCCGGCCUCUCCCUAGAACUAAGAAUGUCAAUGCUCUUGUGAAAUUUUGUAUAGUAUGUUUGUGUGUUGUAGAAAUGUUUCCCUUUUGUCAAUCGUGUAAUAAGCACGUACAGAAAACCACUUUAAAAUUAUAUAGAUUUUUUAAUUUCUUGUUCAUUUGACAUUGAAUAUAUUUAUGGCCACGAAUAAAACCCUGGCAACUUUUAGCUUAUUUUUUAUUAUUUUGUUUAUGUUAUUUGUAAAUAGUUUGUGGUAAUUGUUUGCGAUGCAGAUCACUUUUCAGGGCGCGUAGUUGGAUGCAAAAUAUUCCCCGAUUUAAAAGCAAGCUGGUAAAAGAACUGUCAAAACUGUCCGCAACGAUCCCAUUUAAUUAUGUGAAUAGCAGUUUAAAAGCGCGUUGAUGGGGAAAUUCCCGGUUUUUAUAAGAAUUUUAAUAAAAUGCUGUGUUUCAGAAA